AUGGGGGGAACACUGCUCAUGGAGGGGACAAACCCCGACUCUCGCUACCCAGAGUCACGGGUGCUCAUCAUCAUGACUGGCGGGACGAUUUGCAUGCAGCCUUCGGCGGACGGUCUGGUUCCCAUGACAGGCUUCCUCGAGAAUGCCAUGGCGCCUCGUCCGUCGUUCAACGAUAACUCUACACCUCCAGUGAAGAUCCACGCCUACAAGAACGGCGUCAAGCUGGCCCUCGAUAGCCUGCGCACACCUCCGAGCGCCUACUCCCGGCACAUCCGCUAUGGCAUCCUCGAGUUCCACCCGCUCCUCGACUCGAGCUCCAUCUCGUCCAUGGGCUGGACCGAGAUCGCCAUGACCAUCAAAGAGAACUACCACAUCUUCGACGGCUUCGUCGUGCUCCACGGCACCGACUCGCUCGCGUACACGGCGUCGGCGCUCUCCUUCAUGAUGGCCGACCUCGGCAAGCCCGUCAUCCUGACGGGGUCGCAGGCGUCCAUCUUUGCGCUGCAGUCCGACGCGGUCGACAACCUGCUCGGUUCGCUCAUUAUCGCGGGCACCUUCGUCAUCCCCGAGGUCUGCCUCUUCUUCCAUCACACGCUCUUCCGCGGCAACCGCACGACCAAGGUGUCGGCGUCCUCGUUCGAGGCCUUCGACAGCCCCAACUGCGCGCCGCUGGCCAAGGUGACGUCGCUCGGGGUGGACGUCAACUGGGCGCUGGUACGACGGCCGACUACUAUUGCUAGCUUCCGCGUGACCAAGUACCUAGACACGGCGCACGUGGCCUGCCUGCGCAUCUUCCCCGGCAUCAAGCCCGAGAUGGUGGACUCCGUGCUUAGGGCGCCGAACCUCCGCGGGCUGAUCCUCGAGACCUUCGGCAUGGGCAACGCCCCCGGCGGCGUGGACGGGAGCCUCACCAAGGUCAUCCGCGACGCCGUCGAGCGCGGCGUCGUCAUCGUCAACGUCAGCCAGUGCACCAACGGCUUCGUGUCGCCGCUUUACGCCCCCGCGACCGCCCUCGGCCGCGCCGGCGUCGUCUUCGGCCACGACCUAACCACCGAGGCGGCACUAACCAAGCUAUCUUACCUACUCGCGCUCCCCGACUGGCAGUAUAGCGAGGUGACGGCCAAAAUGUCGCAGUCGCUGCGCGGGGAGAUGACCGAGAUGUCCCUGACCUCCUUCUCGCACCCCGCGGGGAGCAUCGACUCCGUGGUGGACAGGCUCACGUCGGCGGAAACCGCCUUCACCGCGCUAGGCUACGCGAUCCGCAACGGCGAGCAGCGCACGGUGCACGCCAUGACAGAAGGCGACGAGUUCCACCACCAGCUCGUCAAGCGGGCCGACUACGCGGGCAACACGGCGCUGCACCUGGCGGCCGUGGGGCCCGAGCCGCUCGUGCUGCGCGACCUGCUCACGCGCGGCGCCAGCGUCCACGCCCGCAACCGCGCCGGCAACACCCCGCUGUACCUCGCCGAGAAGAUGGGCAAUGCCGAGUGCGUGCGGCUGCUGAAGGAGGCGGGUGCGCAUCUGUGGCUGGAUAAUGAUCUCAAGGGGGAGGGCAGCAGGGUGCCGAGCCGGGAGGUCAGUAGGGAUGUCUCCCCCGACCGUGUUGUUCCCGGGGAGGGUAGUGGUGGUGGUAGUGGUGGUAGUGUUGGUGGGAGGGGUGAGGCUGCUGCUGCUGCUGCUGAGGGCCCGGAGAAGGGUGUGGGGACCGCUGCUGGGGAUGGUGCUGCUGCUGAAGGGAUGGGGUUGGGUUCGGCGGAGCCUCGGCCGUUGUUGACGGGGGACACGGGGAAGAUCGUUGGUUGA